GUGUUCACAAGCAUGGACCAACCAACAGAAUCGAAACCCGGAUUACAGCGCCGGGAAAUGACUGAAGACGAGAGAAAGUAUCGCUAUCGAGCUGGUGCAUUUCUAGCUGGAGUCGCUGGCAUGGCGGCUGUGGCAGGAUUCAGCAAAACGAUCAUGACGGUGAAGAAAUCCGAUCCACAGUUCUUUGAAAGCGGUGUCCGAGGCAGUAUCGUCAUGCAGGAAACCGGUGCCAGUCUUGCCAUGCGAGCACUCGGCUGGGGAACGUUGUACGCCUUUAUCGGAACCGGUACCAUUUGCUACGGUAUAUGGAAACUGACAGGGGCCACCAAUAUGAAAGAAUUCAGGGAAUCAGUCGGAACCAUUUUUCCAAGGAUACCGAAAAAUGAUCCUCCCACAAGCAGAACCGAGUUCGAAGGACUGACCGAUCUCAUGAGCUACCUGAGCACCUGGCGUAAGGAAGACAAGUAAGCUACGACUGUUGCCA